AUGGAACAGUCGUAUUCUGUGCAGAGUCCCUCGGACCAGUCGGUUCCACCGCACGUUAUCCAGUUCCUCCAGGCGUUUUAUGCCGUUUCCGACACUCCUGGGGAGACCGACAAGUAUGUAGACAUGUUUGCAAAGGACGCGACAUUUGUUCUCGCAUCAAAGAAGGCUUCAGGUCACGCUGGAAUGUGGGAGGCUGUUGCGUCGCGGAAGCACACUCUCAACAAGGUGUACCCGUUUGGCGCUGGUUCAGACGAGGUCAUGCUCCAUGGUUCAGUGGCUUUGCAGCUCAAGAAUGGCGGCUCGGCAGAGAUUGAGUGGGCUGGCAGGGCCGAGCUGGAGAAGACGGCUGCUGACGGGAAGUAUCGGCUCAAGUUUUACCAGGUGUAUUUGGACACUGGAGCUGCUGCGGCAUACAAGAAAUAG